AGGGCUGACUUCAAGGACAUGAGUUGAUGACCUCAUCCUCACUCCAGAGCCUCAGAUGUUGUUCCAAGUUUUACACCAUUCCAGGCAAGUCGACUUUACAUGGGAAUAAAAUUGAACCUUUGGUGUCUGAUGGAAAUUCACUGUGACGCUCAAAUCAAGGAAACUUUCUGAAACUCACUGAGAGUCUUUCCCCCAUGGGCCCUGAUGGUAGCCUGCCCAAGGUGCAGCCUCAGGUGGUUCUCCUUCUUCCGUGAGGAAAAUAAACUUCGGGUCUGGGAGUGCAACACCACCUGUGGAGAAAAUGGUAUGCGAGGGAAAGCGAUCAGCCUCCUGCCCUUGCUUCUUCCUCUUGACUGCCAAGUUCUACUGGAUCCUUACAAUGAUGCAAAGGACCCAUAGCCAAGAGUAUGCCCAUUCCAUCCGGAUGGACGGGGACAUCAUACUGGGGGGUCUCUUCCCCGUCCAUGCAAAGGGAGAGAGAGGGGUGCCUUGCGGGGAACUGAAGAAGGAAAAGGGGGUCCACAGACUUGAAGCCAUGCUUUACGCCAUCGACCAGAUCAACAAGGACCCCGAUCUUCUCGCCAACAUCACUCUGGGUGUGCGCAUCCUGGACACCUGCUCCAGGGACACCUAUGCUUUGGAGCAGUCGCUGACAUUCGUGCAGGCGUUAAUAGAGAAGGACGCGUCUGACGUGAAGUGUGCCAAUGGGGAUCCGCCCAUUUUCACCAAGCCCGACAAGAUUUCUGGCGUGAUAGGGGCUGCAGCGAGCUCCGUGUCCAUCAUGGUCGCUAACAUUUUAAGACUUUUUAAGAUACCUCAAAUCAGCUAUGCAUCCACAGCCCCAGAGCUGAGUGAUAACACCAGGUACGACUUCUUCUCCCGAGUGGUGCCGCCUGAUUCCUACCAAGCGCAAGCCAUGGUGGACAUCGUGACGGCUCUAGGUUGGAAUUACGUAUCAACUCUGGCUUCUGAGGGGAACUACGGAGAGAGUGGUGUGGAGGCCUUCACCCAGAUAUCCAGGGAAAUGGGUGGUGUUUGCAUUGCUCAAUCCCAGAAAAUCCCACGUGAACCAAAACCUGGGGAAUUUGAAAAAAUUAUCAAACGCCUGCUGGAGACACCUAAUGCUCGGGCGGUGAUUAUGUUUGCCAAUGAGGAUGACAUCAGGAGGAUCUUAGAAGCAGCAAAAAAAUUAAACCAAAGUGGUCAUUUUCUCUGGAUUGGCUCGGAUAGUUGGGGGUCCAAAAUAGCCCCAGUUUACCAGCAGGAGGAGAUUGCAGAGGGGGCUGUGACAAUUUUGCCCAAAAGAGCAUCAAUUGAUGGGUUUGAUCGAUACUUUAGAAGUCGAACUCUUGCCAACAAUCGACGAAAUGUGUGGUUUGCAGAAUUUUGGGAGGAGAAUUUUGGAUGCAAGUUAGGAUCCCAUGGAAAAAGAAACAGUCAUCUAAAGAAAUGCACAGGCCUGGAGCGAAUCGCUCGAGAUUCCUCGUAUGAACAGGAAGGGAAGGUGCAAUUUGUCAUUGAUGCUGUAUAUUCCAUGGCGUAUGCUCUGCACAAUAUGCACAAAGAUCUCUGUCCCGGAUACAUUGGCUUGUGCCCACGAAUGAGUACCAUUGAUGGGAAAGAGCUCCUUGGUUAUAUUCGAGCUGUAAAUUUUAACGGCAGUGCGGGGACACCUGUCACAUUCAAUGAAAAUGGAGACGCUCCUGGCCGUUACGACAUCUUCCAGUAUCAAAUAACCAACAGAAGUACUGAGUACAGAAUCAUCGGGCAUUGGACCAAUCAGCUUCAUCUGAAAGUGGAAGACAUGCAGUGGUCUGAAAAAGAACACGCUCGCCCGGCCUCUGUCUGCAGCCUGCCCUGUAAGCCUGGAGAGAGGAAGAAAACAGUGAAGGGGGUGCCUUGCUGCUGGCACUGCGAACGCUGCGAAGGCUACAACUACCAGGUGGAUGAACUCUCCUGUGAACUCUGCCCCUUGGACCAGAGACCCAACAUCAACCGCACAGGCUGCCAGCGCAUCCCCAUCAUCAAACUGGAGUGGCAUUCUCCCUGGGCCGCGGUGCCUGUGUUCAUUGCAAUACUGGGAAUCAUAGCCACCUCCUUCGUGGUCAUGACCUUUGUCCGUUAUAACGACACACCGAUCGUCAGGGCUUCAGGACGUGAACUAAGCUACGUGCUCCUGACGGGCAUUUUUCUCUGUUACUCCAUCACCUUUUUGAUGAUUGCAGCACCGGAUACGGUCAUCUGCUCCUUCCGACGGAUCUUCCUGGGACUUGGCAUGUGUUUCAGCUAUGCAGCACUUCUGACCAAAACAAACAGAAUCCACCGAAUAUUUGAGCAGGGUAAGAAGUCCGUCACCGCGCCCAAGUUCAUAAGUCCAGCGUCUCAGCUGGUGAUCACCUUCAGCCUCAUCUCCGUGCAGCUGCUAGGGGUCUUUGUCUGGUUUGUCCUGGAUCCCCCACACAUCAUCAUCGACUAUGGAGAACAGCGGACUCUAGAUCCGGAGAAGGCCAGGGGAGUGCUCAAGUGUGACAUUUCUGAUCUCUCACUCAUUUGUUCACUUGGAUACAGUAUCCUCUUGAUGGUCACUUGUACUGUUUAUGCCAUUAAAACGAGAGGUGUUCCAGAGACUUUCAACGAAGCCAAACCCAUUGGAUUUACCAUGUAUACCACCUGCAUCAUUUGGUUAGCUUUCAUUCCCAUCUUUUUUGGUACAGCCCAGUCAGCAGAAAAGAUGUACAUCCAAACAACAACACUUACUGUUUCCAUGAGUUUAAGUGCUUCGGUGUCUCUGGGGAUGCUCUAUAUGCCCAAGGUUUACAUCAUACUUUUUCAUCCAGAGCAGAAUGUUCAAAAACGCAAGAGGAGCUUCAAGGCUGUCGUGGCAGCUGCCACAAUGCAGAGCAAACUGAUCCAAAAGGGAAAUGACAGACCCAAUGGCGAGGUGAAAAGCGAGCUCUGUGAGAGUCUUGAAACCAACACUUCCUCUACCAAGACGACUUAUAUCAGCUACAGCAAUCAUUCAAUCUGAAACAGUUAAAUGACGCAGCCUCAAGCAAGGUGGUAUGUGAUAGAAAACAAUGAACAUGCGACUACAAAAACUCACUCCUGGAGAUCUCUGUAGACUACAAUCCAACAAAUCAAUAGUCUUGUAAGGAAUAAAAAUUAGCCAUGAGCCCAAAGUAACAACAGCAGGGAGUGAAGAAACUUGUUUUAGACGAUACAACCAAUGAGAGUCACGCUAAAGUGUUGCUUACUCAAGAGCAGUUAAAAAAAAAAAAACACAAAGGAAAACUAAUGUUAGCUUAUGAAAAACAAGUGCUGUUGAAAUAAACCAUGUCUGAUGUUAUUCUUGUAUUUUUCUGUGAUUGUGACAACUCCCGUUCCUGUCCCAACAUUGUCCAACUUGUAUAAGAAAACAAGUCUGUUUCUUGUAACGGCUGACCGGAUUGAAGCCCUGGGUUGUGCUAAAAAUAAAUGCAAUGAUU